UGAAAGCUUCCUAAGCAAAGAAGUCAACUACGUGGUUUCCAGCAGCAAAGAAGCCAAACAAAAAAGCAAAGCUAGGUCUCAGAUUGAGAAGUGGAGCAACAUAACUUCAGAGGAUGCAAAAGCCACGAGCCCAAUGCCUUCUACCUCCAAAGGGAACCACAGCAGACCUCACCAGAAGCCGCCAGACACUGCUCUGAUCAGCAGAGGGAAGGAACUGCUGCAGAAGGCCAUGAAGAAUCAGGACACCUGCAGUGGCAGCAGUAUCCUCGCCAACGCUCGCCUGUGGGGAGUCCAGAUCUUGCAUGUGGAUGAAAUGUUGUCAUAUGCUCAACAGCUGCUGCGUGCUGUCUCGGGAGCAAGGAAACGUUGCCAGAAGACAGAGACAAAAUGCCUUGCAUCUGGAUCAAAACUUCGCAAAGGAAAACUGAAGCCCCCUUUCCUGAAGGUUGAAGACCAGAGCAGGCAAUUCCGACCCUUCCAUCACCAGUUCAAAAGCUUUCCCGACCUGAACUUCCUGGCACCCAAAAGCUCCAGCCCAUUUGAGCCUCUGAAAAGCCUCUCGAAUUCUUGCAAAGCCAGGGGUGCAGAGGGCUGUCCGAUGCGCAGCGAGGGGGAAAAGAGCCCCCGAUCCACACCGGUCACUGUGCCAAAGAAAAAGAGGGGAUUUUGUGAGUGCUGCCAAGAGACCUUUGAAGAGCUGCAGAAGCACCUCCAGAGCCUCCAGCACAAGCGGUUUGCACUGGACAACUCACAGUAUGCCCCAGUGGAUUGUGUCAUCUCGCAGCUCACCAACAACUUUGUGGAGCAAUCAGUCAAGGUGCCGCGGUCCUGCCUGACAGAUGAAUGCGUAGUGCCUCAAGCACAAGUUACUGGAGGAAUUGAGAUGCUGACAGCAAAGCUGGGAAAGGAAAGCCAGCAGCCUGAGCAGGGUGCCAUGGAACUGUUAAUUGAUAGUGAGUGUGAUUGUGGCCUGAAGACCAAGGGAUGUUCCCCUUGCCUGCCCAGGGACAGGGUCAGUAAUACCAGCAAAGGAGGGGUGUUGACAAAGAACUGCUCUUUGGGGCUGCCUGUUGAAGCAGGGCUUGCUGGAGGGGUCUGUGCUGCACGUGGCACCACAGAGGAGUCUGCACUGGGGGAUGCAGAUUUGGUCUUGGCUCCUGCCCUGGGCUGGGGGACUUGCGUAGUGGCCACUCAUGUCAGAGAGGCAAUUGCUUCUUCACCUGAACCUCAUGAAGAGCAAGUGCUUGGGUCUGUCAGCUAUCUUACACAGGUACUGCCUGCCUCUAGGAAACGCCAGCUCUCCUCCAGACAGAGCACCCAGAUGGGAAAGAAGCCCAGGCUGGAGCUGGGUGGUGGCCUCUCACCGUACAAGCAGACAAACCCAGUAGAUGGUCGGGUGGGUGUGCAGGGUGCAGGACAGAUGUCUGAGCCAGGCUUGCCUAGUGUGGUGGAAGCUGGCAGCUUGCCCCUAAGCACAAAGCUCUCCAACAGACCUCAUAGCUCCCUUGGUUUGGACCUGUGCCCAUGCAGGAGCCCUGGGAACCCUGCAUCAUCACCGGGUUCCCUUGAAGCUGUGUCUGUGGGUUUUGAUCCCCCAGAGGCUGCUGCAGCCAGCACUGUCAGCGAGCAUGGCUGGAGCAGAGCGACCGGGAGCUCCCAAGGGAAGCACCGCAGAGGGGAAAAUGAAAAUGCACCCAGAAAUGUGAAUAGUCCUGAUCUGGAGAGCACAAUGAGCAAGACCAGCUGUCCUGCUGGCCCCUUGCCCUCUCCAGAACUGCCUGUGGCUGAAGCCAGAUGUUGCUGCUUGCUCUGUGUCAGAGCAGCAGAAAAAAUAGCACCCGAGCUACCUGCCCCCCCAAGCCACAGCAAAGAGCAGGCUCCAUGCCCUGGGCUCCUUCAGCCUCUUCCACCUAAUGCACAGGGUGAUCACGACUUCAACAAAAGUCCUUCAGAGUCAGAGUGGGAUGUCCAGCUGCUCUCCACGCUAACGGGUGUCCAGGACGGCAGGAUUCAGUCUAUGGACAGGGACCUGUUCCAAAGGACACACAUCAGUAUGAGGGACAGUGGGUAUGAGUCUCAGCUCUGCUCAGUCCUGAAGCAGAAGUCGGAGCUUGCCUGGGCAGGCAAAGAGGACAAGAACUGCCGGAACUGCUGCACAGAGACCGAAGGAGCCUCUUUACCCAUAUUCGAGACCUUUUUUGGCAACUGGACUAGUUAAAACCACCUCCUGGCUGUUCACUGGGCCCUAGUGGGAGCUGUGAAGUGGCUUGAAAGGGGUUUAACUAAGCCACCCUCCCUGCCAGGACCAGGAGGUACAGCCAAGAGCUGGAGUGAGGACUGUCAGCUGUGCAGUGGCCUCCAGACAACCUGGGCAGCUCUCUUGUUGGGAAGUGAUGGGUGAUGUGGUGGUUUCACUGUCUUUGGCUGCAAGAGGGGCUGGGAUCUUCCCCCCUUUCUGCUGCUAAUGUUUAGAGCUGAUAGCUUCCUCCUUUAACUCCUAACUGGGCUGCAGAGAAGACGGUCUUUCUCUGGAAGUGUUUUUAGGAAUGUGCUCUUUGCCCUUUGAGUGAGAGCAUGACUGGUUCUUCCUCUCAUACAGUCCCUGGAGGUACAGAUAUGGUGGAGAGGAGGGCCCUGGGGGUGAGAUCUGUGUUCUUCAUAUGGUUUGGGGGUUUGAUGGAUGUCUUUGAGUAUUUACAGAUGUUUGUAACUGGUAUUAAGUUGUUGGG